ACGGAGGAGAUGGACACAAGAUGCUUAUAAUGUGCGGCAGCCUCUAUCUUGCUGGGAUUUUAUUUGCCUAUUUGGGAUCUCAGAAUUCCGCUAAAGAGCAACGGUCCUGGCCGCUGCACAUGCACCACUAAUCUUCACGGUGGAUGAGCAGAAUGCUGCUUCCUCUGCAAGCCUCACAAAAUGAACCUCACUCUCUGUGACUCUGGUGCAAUCUUGCCUCACCCGAACGCCGACAUCCGACUGACUGCGAACUGCUCCUCGGCCUCUUCCAACUGGACAGUGGGGGCAGAUGCCCUGCAGCUGCCCACAUUCACCACAGCGGCGAAAGUCCGAGUGAUUAUUACCUGCAUUCUCUGUGGCAUAUCGGCCUUUUGCAACCUAGCUGUGCUGCGGGCGGCGUGCAGCGACGGGAAACGCAAAUCCCACGUCAAGGUGCUGAUAAUCCACCUGACGCUUGCUGACCUGCUGGUCACCUUCAUCGUGAUGCCCGUGGACGCCGUGUGGAACGUCACCAUCCAGUGGCUUGCCGGGGACCUGGCCUGCAGACUACUGAUGUUUCUGAAGCUGCAAGCGAUGUACUCAUGCGCAUUUGUCACCGUGGUCAUCAGUCUGGACAGGCAGUCAGCCAUACUCAACCCGCUGGCUAUCAGUAAGGCCCGAAAGAGGAACCGAGUCAUGCUGACUGUGGCGUGGGGCAUGAGCGUCGUGCUAUCGGUUCCUCAGAUUUUCCUUUUUCACAACGUCACCAUUGCCCUCCCGGAAGACUUCACUCAGUGCACCACACGAGGAAGUUUUGUCUCUCACUGGCACGAAACGUCUUACAACAUGUUCACUUUUUCCUGCCUGUUCCUGCUUCCUCUCGUCAUCAUGAUCACCUGCUACACAAGGAUCUUCUGCGAGAUCUCCAAACGGCUGCGAAAGGACAACAAGGCUUCCAAUGAGUUGCAUUUGCGUUGUUCGAAGGACAACAUCCCGAGAGCCCGGAUGAGAACUCUAAAAAUGAGUAUCGUGAUCGUCUCGUCUUUCAUUAUCUGCUGGACUCCAUACUACCUGCUGGGCCUGUGGUACUGGUUCCUCCCCAACGACCUGGAGGGGAAGGUCUCCCACUCACUGACCCACAUCCUGUUCAUCUUUGGGCUCGUCAACGCCUGCCUGGACCCGCUCAUCUAUGGCCUGUUCACUAUGCACUUCCGCAAGGGGCUCCGGAGGUUUUACUGCAAUGGCACCACGGUGUCCGACCUGGACAACCACACGGUUUUAACUGGAUCUUUCACUUCUGCUGCCAACUCUUUGCCGCUGAAAAGAGAGGUGAGCCCCGCGGCCCACGAGAGGGUCGUGUUGCGCAAUCUCAACCACAACGAGGCGGAGUCCACGUCCCCAAGAAGCAGAUUUUUAACAGCGGACAAUGAUGCAGAGACGGAUCCAAACCCCUCCAGCCCCGAGAGCCUCGCAUGAGGAGAGGACAGGUUGGAGGCUCCCUGAUAAUCUUUACUUGUGUUUUAUUUAUUCAAAUGUAAUCGGUGGGGUCUCGUAUUUAUUGAAUAUUUUGUGUAAUUUUGAUUAACUUAAUUCGUAAAAUGCUUCUGUACAAAACAAAAUUGCAACAAUCAUAGAUGUCAAUGAACACAGAGCGUUGUAUUUCCCUGAAGGGGGCAAGCGUCAGAAAUGUUUCAUCCAUCAUUAAAGAUGGUUUGGCGCUCUUUACAUUGUACCUUGUGGUCAUCUUGAAUUAAAUUAUUUGGCUGUUGGGAAUGUUGCAACAAGCGUCUCAACUAUUGCAAAAAUUGUACGCACACAGAUCACUGUUUUCAACGUCUUACGCAAACAUAUAUGUAUGUUUUCAGUGAUGCGUAGCAGAAGGAUCCCUGAGGGACUGCUGCAGUUAAUCAGUGAUGAUUCACUGUGUACAAAUGAAAAGGCCUUUUCUGCCCCUUAAAUGUGACAAACUGUUUGCAAUGUUUUGCUGAGAUAAUAUUCAAAUAAUUUUCAGGUCAAUGGAAAAUAUAAUAGUAAUAAUAGUUGGAUUGACUCAUAACUGGCUUAACAUGUCAUUUUAGAAGUAAAAUAUAAAACGGUCUCUGAAGUUUUAUAAUAGACAGGAUUCAUUGAGAAACCUUUCCCGAAAGGUAAAGCAUAUCAAGUUUCUUCUGGGUCUUACAAAAUAAAUUAUUUAUCUAUAUAAAGACAUUAAAGGAUUAUUUCAGCUCUCCAGGCCUAAAAAUGUUACAAUGGCUGACUCAAAAAUUGUAAACUGAAAUAAGAAAAUCUACAGCCUACAUCACCAAUCUCUCAUUAACGUCUCACGUCUAUUCUUCAUGAAUGGGACAAUGAAGACUCUAAAUAAUUUCAUUCAUAAAUAGAUAAAUACAGAGUAGGAUCAGGAGAUUGUUCUCAUUUUAAAUAUGACCACAAUGUUUUACCCACGGUGUUGAGCUAACGGCUGUAGUUGGAUUCCAACUCACAACAUGUCAUGUAAAGACAUCUUAAACUACUUGUUUUCAUAAACUUCACUUCAUAAUUUCAUUUCAUUUUCUUUGUUAUUUAGUAGAGCAAAAUAAGCCCCCAAGGCUGCGUUCUUUCCCCUCUGCUCUUCUCCCUGUACACCAACAGCUGCAUGAUGUUCUUCCUGAGGCAGCUGAAGAAAUUCCACCUGCUAAAGACGAUGAUGGUGCACCUCUAGACGGCCAUCAUUUGCUGCAAUCUGCCGUCUCUCCAGGACUUGUUCCCUUCAAGGACCCUGAGGCGAGAAGAGCGAUUGUAGCCGACCCUCCUCAACCCCGGACAAAACCUGUGGAGGAGGCUGAGCUCUAUCAGGAACAAGACCUCACGGUUUCUUCCCGUGGGCACUCGGGCUCAUUCAGAGAGGCCGGGUCCCCCACUGCCUGACUCUGUCAUCCUGACUUCCUACCGGUCACUACCCUGCACAUCUUUUAUACACUU